CAUAAAUUCUGUGAACAAUUACACUUAUGAAAAUAACUAUGAAGUUAUGAAACCAUGCUGAACGCUUGCUUUAAAGAAAAUGAAACGGAGAUUUUUAAGUUAAAUAAAAUUGACAAAUCGAAUAAAUGUGGGUGAAUAUUAUUACAUUGGUCUUUGUUAUCAUUGCAACAUCAGAAACGGCUACUUCUCGAUACCCAGAAAAUGACACUUUGAUAUUCAUAGCAAAUCCCGUGGAAGCGGACAUGCCGGGACAUUGGAUGCCAUUAAGUGUAGUCAAGGUUAUAUUAGGUGGGACUGUGAAGCCGAAGAAGAAAUUAUAUAAAUACAAAUCAACGACAAAAACAACAACAACAGAAGCUACUACAAUGACUGAUCCUCCACCUCCUCCGCCUACUACGCCAGUACCAACAACUGAGGCAGCCACAUUACCGUUAACACUAGAGCUGACGACGCCAGUUCCAACAACACAAGAACUAACAACACCGGCACCAACAACACCGACAACUACACCAACAACAACACCGACAACAACACCGACAACAACACCGACAACAACACCGACAACAACACCGACAACAACACCGACAACAACACCGACAACAACACCGACAACAACACCAACAACAACACCGACAACAACACCGACAACAACACCGACAACAACACCGACAACAACACCGACGACAACACCGACGACAACACCGACGACAACAACAACAACAACGACGACGACGACUACAACCACUACGACGACGACAACAACACCGGCACCAACAACACCGACAACAACAAAAAGGAGAACACCACCACGACGUAAAAAACCGACGGAUGGUCAUGAGAAUAUUAACGCAUAGACAGGGGCGUGCAUAUCAUAUAGGCAAUAAGGCAGUGCCUACCGCGUUAUGAAUCUAAAUAAAUAUAGUGUUAAAAUUAAUUUAGUUAAUUUUGGUUCCGUUAUUUUAUUAUUAAACUUCUAUUGAACCCCCACUCCCAAUUUUCCCAAAUACCUACGGUAAGCAAUCUGCUGGCUCAACUACAACUAGUUAGAUCUAGAGUGCCUAUCUUGCUAGAAAACCAAUGCACGCACCUGCGCAUAAGUAUAUCCAUCAUUGUUUAUUGUUUAUUUUUGUCUUCAUAUUUAAAUACCAGUAGAAACAUAAAUUAUUCACGUGAAAUUACAAUUAAUAAUAUA